AUGACCGCAGGCCCCAUCGUUCGCAUAAACCCCCAUGAGGUCCACUUCAAUGAUCCAGACUUCAUCGACUCCAUCUUUCCGGGACCUGGAAGGAAGACAAACAAGUACUUCUUUACCGGCAGGCGAACAGGAACUGCGGAGUCCAUCGUCGCAACUAUAGACCAUGAUAUGCACCGAAGACGUCGUAACGCCAUCAGCGGAUUCUUCUCAACGGCAAGUAUUCGCAGACUGGAACCCAUCAUUCAAGAGCACUUGAAAAAGUUACUUGCGCGGAUGCAAGACGCCGGUAAAGCAAGCGAGGUGUUACCUAUGCACUACGUUUUCCGGGCUUUUACUAGCGACCUGAUUACAGAGUAUGCAUUUGGUGACUCAUUUCAUUUUCUGGAGAAGAGCGAUUUCGCUAUGCCGUACAUGUUGUCGACGGACGUGUUUUUCAUCCUCAACCACACUUUCUGCCACUUUCCUUGGGUCGGCACAUUGCUAGCUUUAGCCCCACCAUGGGCCGUCAAGACGUUCAUCCCGUCAUUAACAGAAAUGUGGGACAAACAGAUGAUGUGGAUCGAAAAGGUUGAGGAAAUCAGGAACUCCAAAAACCCUGACAGUGCGAAGAACACGAUUUUUGAGGGAAUACUUAACAGCAAGCUUCCUGACGAGGAGAAGACGAUUCCAAGACUUGCGCAUGAAGCACAGCUUGUCGUGUUUGCUGGCGAAGGUACAACGGCAUACACAUUACAAGCUGCUAUCUACCAACUACUCGCCAAUCCGACCGUCUUCCAUAAGGUCAAAGCCGAGAUCAUUGCCGCUCUUCCUGACCCGGAAGAGGUGCCAUCCUUUGCAAAGGUUGAGAAGCUGCCGUAUUUGAGUGCCAUCAUUCAAGAAACAGUACGCCUUCACCCUGGCGUCGUUUCCAGACUACCUCGAGUCUCGCCCGACGUUCCCAUUGUGUACCAUGACAAGGGCAAAGGGAAGCAAUAUGUUCUUCCUCCAGCCUUUGAGGAUCCCCACGAGUUCCGCCCUCAGCGAUGGAUCGACAACCCCAGACUAGACAAAGGUUUCAUCGGAUUUGCAAGGGGUACUAGAAACUGCAUUGGCAUGAACUUUGCACGUCAAGAAAUGUCAAUGGUGCUUGCUUCAAUCAUCCGCAAAUACGACAUUUACAACGGCCAAGAGGGUCCUUCGCUCGAAUUAUUCGAUACCACGCGGGAAAGAGACAUUGACCUUAACCAAGACUACAUCAUUCCAUUCCCAGCAAAAGGAAGCCAUGGCCUGCGGAUAAAAGUGCGAAAUUGA